AGAGGGCCGCUGGCUGGGGUCCUGUGUUUGGUAAUAGAGGCGGCGCACGGUGGUCUCGGUCUUUUUGCUGUGAGGCUGAGUCCGUCACCAUGGGUAAAUGCCGUGGUCUUCGUACAGCCAGAAAAUUGCGUAAUCUUCGGCGCGAUCAGAAAUGGCAUGAUAAGCAAUACAAGAAAGCACACUUAGGGACUGCCCUGAAGGCCAACCCAUUUGGUGGUGCCUCUCAUGCCAAAGGAAUAGUCUUGGAGAAAGUUGGUGUUGAGGCUAAGCAGCCCAAUUCUGCCAUUAGAAAGUGUGUUCGAGUCCAACUUAUUAAGAACGGCAAGAAAAUCACAGCUUUUGUUCCAAAUGAUGGCUGCUUGAAUUUCAUUGAGGAAAACGAUGAAGUUCUUGUUGCUGGCUUUGGUCGUAAGGGCCAUGCUGUUGGUGAUAUUCCUGGUGUCCGUUUCAAGGUGGUGAAAGUAGCCAAUGUAUCUCUGCUGGCUCUAUACAAAGGCAAGAAGGAGAGACCAAGAUCUUAAAAUGUUCUGUAUAUUAACAAAGAUGAAAAAUAAAACAUUUUAAAAUUA